AUGUCUUCAUUUAUUACAGUUGAAAAGCGUCAUCUUGAACACCUGCUAGAACAAUUGAAAGAAUCUCUUCUCAAGGGGGGAUUAUCGACGGAGAAUCUCGAUGUGUUGAUCUAUGGCUCAGAACCACAAGAGACGCCAAAGCAAGACUUUAUACGGAGAAAUCCUCAUGGUCGUCGUGAAGUUUCCUCUAGUGUUGACUACCACUAUGAGCAUUCCAACAACUAUAAGCUCUCGACAAAUUUCGAUGAUGAAGAUAAUGACGACGAGGAGGAAGAAGAAGGCCUGAUAGAUUCUCAGGACAGUGACGAAAAGGACGAUUGCGAAGAAUCCUCGAGGACCACCGGAUCAUGUGCUGGCACAACCGAUCGACGAACCAUCUUGAUUCGUGGCCUACCUGAUCGAGUCACCCAUAAAGAUCUCGUCGAAAACAUGCGAGGCGGCGCCCUGCUACAUAUUUACCUUCGAGCUCGUGAACACACCGCCAGCAUUUCGUUCGUUGAAGAAGCCGACGCCCAAGGCUUUUUUCAGCAUGCCAAAAAUUAUGGUUAUUAUGUAGCCGGAAAACGAGUGGAGAUCCUGUGGAAUGACCGUCAGUUCUACAUGCCCCCUUUUGUUAGGGCUAAAAUCAACAACGGAGCGUCGAGGAACAUCAUGCUCUACAACGUGAACCCCAAUAUCACCGAGGGGCUCAUUCGCAAGGAUCUCGACCAUAUCCAUAACCUUAUUGUGGUGGCGGUUAAAUUCAAGAAUGGAAAUGCCUAUAUCUCCACCAACUCCGUUCACAACGCAUUGUUUGCCCGGUCCUGCAUGAUGUCUCGGCUCACUUACAAAGGCAUGAGAAUCGGGUUCUAUCCCGAUGAGUGCAACCAACCACUGCCCAAGAUUCCCACGGGACCGAAGAAGGACGCACAAGCCGGGGUCAAGAAGCCAGCCUCGAUUCCCAACCGUUUCCAGCUCCUAUCGCUCGACGGGGGUGAGGAGGAGGAUAGUGAUGCCAGUGAAGGACUGAACGGUACUCCCUUGGGGAGUGGUAUCCGCUGGGCAGACAACAGAGUAUUGGCUUAG